AUGACCAUUCGGCCCCUGGUAGACCUGCUGGCUGUGAAGAAAAAGCAAGAAACGAAGCGAUCUAUUAACGAGGAGAUCCACACGCAGUUCCUGGACCACCUUCUGACAGGCAUCGAGGACAUCUGUGGCCACUACGGCCACCACCACUGGAAAGACAAGCUCAACCGCUUUAAUAAGAAGUACGUGAAGAAGUGUCUGAUAGCUGGCGAGCGCUCCAAGGAGCCCCAGCUCAUCGCUUUCUACCACAAGAUGGAGAUGAAGCAGGCCAUCGAGCUGGUGGAAAGUGGGGGCAUGGGCAAGAUCCCGUCGGCCGUCUCCACCGUCUCCAUGCAGAACAUCCACCCCAAGUCCCUGCCGGCGGAGCGCAUCCUGCCAGCACUGUCCAAGGACAAGGAAGAAGAGAUCCGCAAAAUCCUGAGGAACAACUUGCAGAAGACCAGACAGCGGCUGUGGUCCUACAACAGACACACGCUGGUGGCCGACCCCUACGAGGAGGCCUGGAACCAGAUGCUGCUCCGGAGACAGAAGGCCCGGCAACUGGAGCAGAAGAUCAACAACUACUUGACGGUGCCAGCCCACAAGCUGGACUCGCCCACCAUGUCACGGGCCCGCAUCGGUUCAGACCCGCUGGCCUAUGAGCCCAAGGCUGACUUGCCUGUGAUCACCAUCGACCCGGCCUCCCCGCAGUCGCCCGAGUCCGUGGACCUGGUGAACGAGGAGCUGAAGGGCAAGGCCCUGGGGCUGAGCCGAAAUCCGGGGAGGCUGGCCGAGGAGGAGGAGGAUGACGAAGACCCCGACGAGGGCCUCACGAUGCGGACCAAGGAGCCCUCGUCCCCGGGCACCGACGACGUCUUCACCCCAGCGCCUAGCGACAGCCCCAGCUCUCAGAGGAUACAGCGCUGCCUCAGUGACCCAGGCCCCGACCCUGAGCCUGGGGAGGGAGAGCCUUUCAUCCCCAAGGGCCAGUAG